AGAAAUCAAUUCAAAACCAAAACCAAUUGAAAACUCAUAAUCAAAUCAAUUGUUAUGGCGGAGCAGAUGGUUGAUUCUAGCUAUUACUUACCAACGGAGCUCGUAAUCGACAUAUUCUUGAGGCUACCAGUCAAAACCCUAAUUCGAUGCACCUCCGUUUGCAAAUCAUGGUACGCGAUUAUCAGAAACGCCAAUUUCGUUGCUUCACAUUUCAAUUCGAAUGAUAAUUAUCGCCAAGAGUAUCAUGAUGAUGGCUAUCUUCUGUUUGGCGGCUCUAAUUUCUGCCAUGUAGUUUGUGAUAGAACUUUUAAAUUGAUGCACGCUAUUGAAACCCCUUUUGCUGUUAGACCUCAUCGUAAGUCAUCGUUAAACUUUGUCGGUUCCUGUAAUGGGUUGCUGUGUUUAGCACCUGGACUGGAGUAUAAUUGGGGGAAUGAUGUGUAUAUUUGGAAUCCAUCGAUCAGAAUCCGAAAGAAGCUUCCGCCUUCGCAAUUUUCCGAUGAGUUCACUGAUGAUCGUUGGAUAGUUUCUCGUCUGGGAUUCGGGUUUCAUGAAUUGUCGAAUGAUUACAAGGUUAUCAGACUCAUUUACUUUCCAGAGGGCCGUAAUUUCACGUCUGUGGAUGUUCCACCUUUGGUUGAGGUUUACAGCUUGAGGACAGAUUCAUGGAGGAUAAUUCGCACCGAGGUUCCACCCGUAGUAACGCAGAGUGUAGUGACGUUUGACAAAGGAGUUUUUUACUGGAUGGGUUUCAAGAGCAUUCGAGAUGAUCCAAUGGAGAAUUAUAUCAUGUCAUUUGAUCUUGAGGAUGAGAAAUUCAGAGAGAUAGAACAGCCUUCUGUAGAUUUCCCAUUUUCUCUUUUGGCAGUAAGGGGAUCAUCUGGUUCAUUAUAUGCUGUGUAUUCAAAGUUCUUUGGUGGACAGAAUGACAUCUUGGUGUUAUGGAAGAUGGAUGAAUAUAACAGAGGUUGGACGAAAGCAUAUACGAUUCAGUGUGUCAGGGGUGUGUGGUGGACGAUAGGGUUUACAAGGAGUAGGAAGUUUCUAUACACUAAUUUGGAGAAGAAGCUUGUUUCGUUCGAUCUCGAAAGCCACAGAUCUGAAGUUCAUGAUCUUGGAAUCUCUUUCAGUCGGUCUGCAGUUGAUGUUAAUUAUAUGGAAAGCCUUCUAUUAUUUGAUCAUCGAUGUGAUGCUGCUCGAAAGCAGAAAGAAGCCCAGAGCUGAAGGGUAUGUGAAGAAAUGUUUGUGGCAAAGUGAUUGAUGAAGAAAAACAGGAGUAAGAGCUGGGUGUGGGUUAAGGCUUAUGAAACUGGCUGAAUUUCAGCUGUAAAUGCAAGAGCAGGACCAAGAAAGAUGAAGUGAUCCAAAGAACCCUAAAUGAGGUUGAAGGUCAAAGAUAGAGAAGCAACUAAGAGGUGACCCUUACGAUACGAUUCGAUACAACACUUUACUUAUCUGUAGAUAGAUAGAUAGAUAUUAUCACCUUCAAUUAGAGGUGAGAUAAAUGGGUUACAAAAAAGGACUGGUUAGACACAGUUGGGUUCCCAGGCGUUAAGGAAAUUUGGCCAUGGACCGGUUAAUGGAUAGUUGCUUUUUUGUUUAGUGAUGCCUUUUUGGCUAUGUUUUUCUACUAGACUAGAUAAGUUUAGAUUGAUGUGAACAUUGAUUUUCUCUCAAGAGGUAAAAGAAUUGUAGACGUUUUUAUGUG